AGGGCCCCCACAAUACCUGCACAUGUGACUCGCCUCUCCCGUCGGCCAAUCCGGGACAAGGAAGCGCGUGGGCGAGAGGUGAGGUCGCCUUUAACGCGUCUUUGGAGAGCCCUCCAAUGCGCAUAACCCCACGGACCGAGAGCACAGAGUCAAGACAGCGUCACUGCCAGCAGGAACCCAGAUGGCAGAAACCGGGACGUUGGAGUGCAAGGGGGUGGACGUGGAGGCCGUCAUCGCUGGGACUCCCACGAGCUGCAAGGUGGCCGUGGAGAUCUCAAACUUCUCCGGCCGCAUGCUGUAUGCGCCCGUAUGGUACAUGGAAAGCGGCACGGUGGAGUACAGUAUCCCCAGCGAGAUUUUCCCGAACGAGAAACGGGCGUGCGGAUUCCGCAAGGUGAAGACCGGCUUCUUUGGCUGCACCGGUAUACUCAUCUACCGCAUCAAGGAUUCCGACAAAUGCCUGUGCCUUAUGUUCAGCAACCCUUUCACAAUGGCCUUCAGUAGGCAGUUCGCGAUCUCCUUGCAGAACUGGGUACCUGAGAACACACCGGCAAGGCUCUACGACGAGAUGAUGAAACGAGAUUUGAAGAAUGCAAGAACGACGUUCGCGAAGUCCAUGGCACGAGGGUCGGAUUUGACGGCCGAGUGCUCCUCGACCGCGCUCAAAGUUAAGGCCAAGAUGCUCGACGAGUCGGCCUCCAUCGUGUGGCUGAAAGUGAUGGAUCUGCCUGUGCAGGCACCGCAGUCUGCGAUUAAUUCCAAUGACAGGUUCUACCCGAACUUUGCUCAGAAUCCAAAUUUUGUAUUAAAAAAAGGAGAAUACAAUGGGUAAAUUUGUAGAGGGUUGAAUUUAGAUUUCAACAGAAAGUCGGUCAUUUGUGCGGUCGUGUACACAUGUGCGUGCAUGCACCAAACACACACACACUCGUGUAAGAAAGAAAAAUAUCCCCUGUAUAGCCUACAAAUGUAGAGGCAAGAGCUGUUAACAAUCAGAUAUUCAGGCAGAGUUUCCCAAACUGCACUCUUCGCGAUCAACCACGCUAGUCUUUCCGUAUUUGCCAAUUUACUCCUCACUAAUAAAUUGCAAAUUAACUCA